AUUACCCGGAAAAACAACACAGUACCUCGUUUGGGUACUUUCUACUCUCUCGACUUGAACAAUUGUUUUGCUAAUUAAUGGGUUCUGCUGCUCGUCUUAGACAGUUCAUACACGAUAACAGGCCGGUGAUCCUGGAUGGAGGACUAGCUACUGAACUGGAAGCACAAGGAGCCAAACUUCAGGUGAAAAUAAAUUCAAUUCAAUUCAGAAAUACUUUAUUAAUCCCAGAGGGAAACUGAUUGCUGUAGUAGCUCAGAAUAAUAAUAAUAAUCAAGUCAUCAAAGAGUUGUUGUAUAUUACAAUGGCUGUUGGCAGGAAGGAUCUCCAGUAGCGGUCAGUGUUGCAGCCAAACUGAAGAAGACUCUGACUGAAGACACUCUUCCGUUGUCGGACAGUCUUGUGAAGAGAAUGCUCAGGGUUGUCCAUCAUUUUCUUGAUUCUCUGGAGAAUCCUUCUUUGCAUCAUCUCCUCCAGCGGUUCCGAAACUCUGGCUGAGUCCUUGAAAGGGCUUGGAGUUCCUCCAUCUUGUUGGCCAGUGAUCUCACAUCGCCCAUUAUGAUCGAUGGAAGAGAUGGGAGAUCCUCUGUGGAGCGCCAGGCUUCUGCACACCAAUCCUCAGGCCAUUAAAGAUGCUCAUUACAGGUUUCUCCUCAGCGGUGCUGAUGUCAUCACAACAGCCACAUACCAGGCGAGCAUCCAGGGAUUUGUCUGCCACCUGAAUGUGAGCUCCGACUGUGCCAGAGAGCUGCUGAUGUCAGGAGUUAAUCUGGCUAAAGAAACAGCUGAGAGUUUUGCUUCUGGAGAGAGGCAUCCUUUAGUAGCAGGUUCUGUUGGACCGUAUGGGGCCUUUCUUCACAAUGGCUCAGAGUACACUGGAGCUUAUGCAGAGGAGAUGAGUGUUGAAGAGCUUAAAUCGUGGCAUCGACCGCAGGUCGACGGUUUAGCUGCAGCCGGAGCUGAUCUCAUCGCCUUUGAGACAAUCCCGAGCAUCAAAGAGGCAGAGGCUGUGGUGGAGCUGCUGAGAGAGUUCCCAAACUCUAACGCCUGGCUCUCUUUGUCCUGUAAGGAUGAGAAGCACGUGUCAGACGGCAGCCUAUUCUCAGAGGCCGUGCAGGUCGCCUGCAGGUCGUCUCAGCUGCUUGCUGUAGGAGUCAACUGCUGUCCUCCAGCGGUGGUGGAACCGCUGCUGGACUCUGCUAGAUCCCUGCUGAGCCCGGAUAAGAGCUGGGUAGUGUACCCCAACAGCGGGGAGAGGUGGCACACUGAAAGGGGGUGGCAAACAUCUGGAGAUGUUCCAGGAUGGACACCUGAUCUGAGUCUUACCUGGGUGAAGCAGGGUGUCGCUCUGAUAGGUGGAUGCUGCCGUGUUGGUCCUGCUCAAAUUGCUGUGUUAAGACAACAGUUAAAAGGAACCUGAACAUCAUCACACACACACACACACACACACACACACACACACACACACACACACACACACACACACACACACACACACACACACACACACACAGUUAAACCAUGCUUAUGUCGGGACAUCUUUGCAGCACGUUGCUAUAAACUAAAGCUGAAACUGAGCUGGAGCACCUCGUCAUGUCCAGAGCGAUUUCAAACUCGUUCAUAAGAAGUUUAAUAAAGGAAAGCGUUGUGUUACUGA